AAGGAGAAGAAGAGCGGGCUGCUGAAACUUCUAGCAGGAGCAUCAACAAAAAAGAAGCCACGCUCCCCACCAUCCGUGUCCCCCACACAUGACCCACAGGCAGCCAUCGAAGGAGUCCUGCAAGGGGCGGUGGGACCAGAGCUCUCCUCCCUCUCCAGCCAUGGCAGGGCUGGCUCAUGCCCUAUUGAGAGUGAAAUGCAGGGAGCCAUGGGGCUGGAGCCUCUGCACAGGAAAACAGGCUCCUUGGAUUUGAAUUUUUCCAUCCCUUCUCCUGCCAGACAGCCCCUCUCUUCUAUGGCAGCUAUUCGUCCAGAGCCCAAGCCUUUGCCCCGGGAAAGGUACCGCGUUGUGGUCCCAUACCCGCCGCAGAGCGAGGCCGAGAUCGAACUGAAGGAAGGUGAUAUUGUGUUUGUGCACAAGAAGCGGGAGGACGGCUGGUACAAAGGGACGUUGCAGAGGAACGGCAGGACGGGCCUCUUCCCUGGGAGCUUUGUCGAGAGCUUCUGAGGAUGGCUCGCCACUCUCUCAACUGAAGGAGCUUUCAGGGGAAACUGAAUAGCACAAGAAGAGACAGCAAAGGGAAACUGGACUGAUAACCACUGCCAUUUUUAUUUCCAAAGACUCUCCCCAGGCCCUUCAGUCUACAGCUCUGGAGACGCAGUGCCCCACUGUGCUCCUGAGACCGCGUGUGGUGCAUACAGUGGUAUGUUGAAGUAGUGCCUUCCACCUGGAAUCACAGACUGAAAGGACACCCAUCUGGACUGUACGUAACCUAAUCUCCAGCUGUUAACCCUUUGUGUAAAUUAUAGAGAAGAUAUCUUUAAAAAA